AUGACUUUCAGAGCUCAGACUGACUUAAACCCUGAUCAUCACAGGUCUGAAGCUCUUACAUCCAGACCAGAGAGCAGAGACCAGCUGAGUGUUUAUCAACCGCCCCUCCUAAAGUCCCAUGUGGUGGAAAAAGUCUCAGAGCUAGAUGGAGACGUUCAGGACAAAGACUCAAAGACCGAGGAGCCAAGGAGGAUCUAUGCAGUCCCGAUACACCAGCGUCCGGACCUGCUGGUUCCCUGCGCAGACCUGGUCAACUCCGAAUGGCAGAGGAGCCAGGCAGCCCGAGUCCACUCCCUCCACAAGUCCUGCUCAGAAUUUCCCGUCUGCCUGGUUCUGCUGCAGGGCCCAAGAGGGACGGAGGAGAGGCUUCUCGGCCACGCCCGGCUCUCCCGGGUCGUGAAUCACAGCAAAAGCCUGUUCGUGGAGUCAGUGGUCGUGUCCAAGCAGGAGCGGGGGAAGGGCUACGGCAGGAUUCUGAUGGAAGAAACCGAGCUCUACGCUAAACGCAGAGGCUUUGAGCGCCUGUGCCUGACCACCCACGACAAGCAGCACUUCUACGCCCAUCUCGGCUAUGUCCUCUCUGUGCCAGUGCAGAGCAGCGGUGCUGUGAUGGCACUCCUUCCUAUGGGGAUGCUCAUGAGACUUUCCAGAGCUCCUGAUGAGGAGACAAACGCCACGAAGCAAACUCUGACAAAAGUGGAAAAGUCAGGAGGUGCUUGUGUUGUAGGAUCACCUCCAUGUUCCAGUUUACAACAUCCUCUAAGCCCGCCUUUACCACCACCUCCUCCACCUUGCUCCAUACCUCCCCCACCACCACCACCACCUCCUCCUCCUUCUAUCGCUCCACCUCCUCCUCCCCCUCCUCCCCCUCAGUCUGCAGGACGUAUUGUAGUUCAGACUUUGACAGAAACUCCCUACAGAGACGCCAGAGGAGUUCCCAUCUUUUGGAUGCACAAGGACAUUUGACGAGCAGUCAGCUAUGUAUGGGAGUGUAUUCAUACGUUAAUGAACAGUAUCAAAGAGAAAUGCUGCACACGUGUGUUUGUGUCAGACACACUGGGAAAACCGCCUUAAACCUCAGAGACUGUUAGACGACCAAAGAGCAAAGGUCAAUGCACUUCUCACACACUUGCUGACAGAAGAACCACAAAAACAGCAAUAAAAAGAUAAGAAAAAAACUCAAUAAUGGUUAUCCAGAAAAUGGGACAAAAUAGUAAAAGCCAAAUAUAAUUAAAACAGGUUUAGUGCUUGUAAGCAGGAGUAAGACAGCCUUGAUGAAAUAUGUAAAAUGCCUUUUGGAAAAUUAAUCUUUUAUCACAGUAGCAUAAUUUCAAACUAUUUAUUUAUUUUUUUUUUACAAAAAUCUUACCUUUAGUUUAUUAAAUAUAAAAAAUCUCUUUUAUUUAAAUAAAGGUGUUAUUCCUAAUGGUACCCAUGCAGUAAAUACUACUUUGUACAACCUUUUUGCCAGACGGCCAUGGAAGUUUGAUUUUUUUUUUUUUUCUGGUAAACUGGUCAUGUGUCAAUUUGGCCAUUUGUUUUUAUCUAAUUGUCUAAUUGAAACACCCAAAUGGUGUCUUAUUUCGAAUUUUCAAGAAGAAAGCUUGAAAAUCUAUUGUUGUUUUUUUGUUUGUUUUUUUGCUGAUAUUUCUAAGAAUCCAUGAACUUUAACAAGUUUCCCAGAACAUCUGGAACAGAAACAGGACCUCGGCAUCACAGAUUCCUUUCCAUGCUUUGCAGUAGUUAUCAGAUAUUUUAGUAUUUAUUCAUCCUGUGUUUAAUCCCAAAUCAGCCUGUAGUUUCUGUUGCAAAAAAAAAAGGAAAAUUAUUGUUUCUUCAGACCAAAGGGCAGUUGGUUUGCCUUCCACACAACCAGUUGGCUUGUUGACAUCAUCUGAUGGCUGUUAGGAAUCCCUUUUUAAACUUCCCUUACUAUCCAGAUGACUGUAUAUGAUGGCUAGAUAAACAUGGAUCCUCAUGCGGUCUUGUGGCCCGAUACCUAAAAGAAACAGGCUUUGUUAUCAUCAUAUUUAAGCUCCAGGAAAACAUGAGGUCAUACAUUUGUGUUUAGAAGAGCAAUUUUGUAACUCUAAAAGUAAAGUAUAAAUAAAAAAAAUCUCCAAUUUGAGAUUUUUAAAGUAAGUAUUUGGGUACCAACAACUGUGCCGCCAAUGACUUCGUUCUCAAUGUGAGAAUCCCCCCAAUUAAAUCUCAGUGUAAAGGCAAAAUGUUUCUGUAUUUUUCACUGUGGCAAAUAUCCUAUUGCGAUAAAAGAUUAAUUGAUUUGAAGCCGUUUUGCACGCCUCUACGGGGCAUGCCAAUACAUUUGUCCACAUUUGCAGCACACAGUCUUUGCUUGUAUUGAGAUACAGCCAUUCACAAUCAGGGUUGUUUGUUCUCAUGUAGUAGUAUUAAAGCUAGUCAGACCAAGAUGUAUAGUGAUUGUUGAAUUUGACACCCAAAUAUAUAUUAAUUGUGUUCUUAUCUUGUUUUUGGUUUUUAAUCUAAUUUUAUGAUUUAUUUUUAAAACCCAAUAAAUGUUGGUGCAUGUUCCCUGUGUAUCUGUAAGGAAGCAGCUGUUGAGCUGCACAGUGAAAGCCUGAGUUUUAACAUCCCCUGCUGUUUACGAGUCUCAGGGUGUCUUUAUUUUAAUGUCUGAUUUUUCUGCCAAUCUGAGUCUCAGAAAUCAAAAGCAGCAACUGCACAAAUUAUGUGAUCCUGUGGGAAUAUCUGUGCCUUGGUGAACUGUCAGACAAAGCAGUGCCUUAAUUAAGUUUGAAUGCUCUGAGAAAGUUGUAAUCAAAAUGUUUUGCAUUUCACAUUUCACUUUAAAAUCAUUAAACAAC